AUGAAACGCAAAGCGCCCGAUUCUGUAUCGAACACAUCUGGUAAGAGGGCGCAUGUGAAUGAUGAAGAUGAAGAUGUACUUGGUGAUUUGGACAUGGAGGCACACGCUGCUCGGCAAACCAAGCUGAGACGGGGUCGUGUCAUGACCCAGGGAUACGAGUCGGAUGAGUCGGAUAACGAGUCUGGCGCGCAACGAAUGCGCAAAACUAACGAACGAGAUCAUGCUGAAGAUGAUGGAGAUGAUGAUAUGUUCGCCGAAGCAAGUGGUAAAGAGGAGGAUGACGUAUCAACGACCAAGAAAAAGACACGCUUCCUUAAGCUAUCGGAUAUCGAGGGACAAGAGUUCGGAGCACGCACGAAAAUAGAGGAUGAGGUUCAUAAUAUUCACGGAAAUGAUGGCGAUGAUGACGAGGAAGAUUACGAGGACGUGAUGGACCCCGAAGAAGAUCCCGAGUAUGAACACGAGUUGGCCAUCAAAAGCCAACGGCACGAAGAUGCCAAUGCAGAUGCAGAGCGCACACCGCCAGGAUCUCCAAGCCAAAAAGCACAACGUGGUUCUGUUAAAAAGCAUGGCAUGGGAUUCCGCAUCGAAAAGUUUAAUAUGAAGUCGGAGAUGGAAAGUGGCCAGUUUGACGAGGAUGGAAACUACAUCCGCAACGCACGCGACAAGUUCAGCCAGAAUGACCGUUGGCUUGAAGGAAACUACUCGAGAAAGUCUAUGAAGGCUGCAAGUGAGUCACAAAGACGUCGCAAAGCUGCGGAACUUGAGCGAGAAAAACAGCAAGAGGCUGCAUUUCCUACAAUGGAACACGCCAUGAAAGAGCUCGUUGAGUGUAUGAAGCCUGGUGAAAGUGUGUUGGACGCACUACAGAGGCUUGGCAAAGCGACGAAGAGUGCAAAGGAACAAGCAUCUUCCGAUCAACAAAGCCGCGCUCAGUUUGAACGGCUGACGCAUAUCGCAGGUGUGCUAAUGUCACAGUAUGGACACAUGAACGUAUAUGACGACGUGUACGAAGGCCUCGUUCGGAUGGUGCGCCGGGCGCGCCUCGUCCCCGAGGACUGGGAUCCCUCGCGUCCUAAGGAGAAGACAGUCGAGGCUGCCACUGCCGAAGAAACUGCAUCAGAUCAUCGAGCUGGAUACAUGUGGGAAUAUAAAUGGACGCCUAAAUAUCUAUCGCAGAUGGCCAGGGAAAAGGGCGAACGUGUGAAUCCAGAGGUUCAAGUGUUUGGCCCCUUUUCGGAGUCACAGUUGAUUGAGUGGGCGCGUUAUGGCUACUUCGGCGUAAACCAACAAAAUAUAGCGAUUCGCCCAUCAGCGUCCCAUACCCCUUCAUCCGCGUCUACUUCGUCAUGGUCGACGUGGCACGACGCUGGUUUACCCUCUUCAUUCACAACAUAG